AUGAAAGAAGAAUACACCCACCGAAUUGCGCUCCUGGGGCUAGGCACCAUCGGCCUCUCAAUGCUAGCAAUGCACCUCCGCCGCCCCGACACAAGCAUAGCAGUCUACGACCCACGACCAGACUACGAGUCUCAAAUCCGGUCUACCCUCCCUGCCCUCCUGGACUCAUCUCCGAAUGAUUCCAACAUAGUCGACAACCUGUUGGCUACAUCCCGCCUCAAACUAGCCACCUCCUUACCCGAUGCCAUCAAAGGAGCGACAAUCAUCCAAGAACAAAGUCCCGAAAUCACGGCCUCGAAACAGACACUUUGGAAGGAGAUCUCCAACCUAACAGGCCCAGAGACCCACCUAUGGAGCAGUUCAUCCGGAAUAGCAGCUUCUGCACAGGCGGCAUCCUGCGAGCCCGAGAGUCGAGUUGCUGAAAGGCUACUCGUUGCGCACCCAUUCAAUCCACCACAUCUGAUGCCCCUUGUUGAAGUUGUUCCUGGACCUGAGACACAUCCAGAAAGGGUCGAUUUUGUGAAACAAUACUUCAAGGAGAUUCCCGGUCCGGCAACGGGAUCAUCUAAUGGAUCGGAGAAUCAAUCUAUGCCGCACUACCGUCCGGUCACGCUGCAUAAGGAGGUUCCUGGAUUUGUGGGCAAUAGACUUGCUUUUGCGCUGCUGAGGGAGGCGUGUCAUCUUGUUGGUGAAGGUGUUGUUUCGGCUCAAGAUUUGGACGCAAUUGUUACAGCUAGUCUAGGGCCCAGAUGGGCUGGCAGUGGUGUUUUUGAAAGCUAUCAUGCUGGUGGUGGAGAGGGCGGGAUUGAAGCGUUUCUUCAGAAGUUGUCGCCUACGAUUGAGGAUGUUUGGGGGGAUUUGGGCCAGAUUGAUAUUGCGGGUGAGCAAGGCUGGAGAGACAUGGUCGUAAAACAGACGCAGGAGGCCUACGGGCCGUAUACAUCGCAGACGCGAAAGAAGAAAGAAGAGAUGUUGAGAGAUGUUGUUGAGAUGCAGAAGAAGAAAUGGGGGGAAUUACCGUGA